AUGCAGCCGUCAACCGGGAUCCAUUGCGUCAUCCCUCAAGCCAACCGCGCCCUCAUCACACGCUUUUCACGCCCAACCACCUACGUAUCCAUUACACGACCGCAGUCUCAGUCCCCACCUCGUCGUCAACUCUCAUAUACCACCACACCGUCGCUCAGAGAGCUGGUAUCCGCGAAGAAAACCACCCACUUCCCCGCAACACCAAGCUACCAACCAGCUACACCAGCCCAGUCUCGCACGUCCUUCUCUACAACCUCCCUCACAAUGUCCGACGACGCCUACUCGUCCUUCUUGGACAAAGCCAACUCAGACCUCAACGCCGGCCGCAGCCAGCAAGGGAGCGGCACCGCCCGGACCGAGACCGUGGAUACCAACGUGAAAGUCCCCGCGCCGCUGCAGUCCGUCGACGCAUACUACAUUUCUGACACAGACGAGCCCUUCGAGCCUGUCGCAUUCAAAUGGGAGGGAGCUAGCAAGGGUACUUGGCCCAGUGCCGAUCAGCUUUCGUCCUUGAUAUCCCCCUCGGCUGACCUGUCCGGAGCCAUCGAAACCCUUUCCGCGUCCUCCUUCGAUCCUAAAGACCAGUAUACGUCUGUCUUGCAUGCUGUGCGUGCUGCUGCUGCUGUCGAGGGUGAUUCAAGUGCAGACAAAUCAGCCGUGGAUAUCAAAGUGUACCGCGUGGAGCUGAGCAGCACGAAAAUUGAGUACUGGAUCCUGGCACUCGAGCCGUCGGAGGGUAGAUUGGUUGGACUUCGGGCCAAGGCCGUUGAGUCCUAG